UGGGUCCGCCAUAUUGUUUGGUCGUCCUGUCUGGAGGAGAGACGGGAGAUGAAGGGGAUUCGAGGAAUAAGCCAUUUAUCGAGGAGGCUUUAUGCAGCCCAGGCUGCCCAUAAGGUGGAGGUGACAGGGGCUGCCGAACACUUAAAGUUUCAGCCGCAGGAAGUACAGGUGACCAAACUCCCCAGUGGGCUGGUGAUUGCGUCGUUGGAGAACUAUUCCCCAGCGUCUAAAAUCGGAGUAUUUGUUAAGGCCGGCUGCCGCUAUGAGACCCCUGAAAACCAAGGGGUCACCCACCUUCUCCGACUGGCCUCCGGACUGACAACCAAAGGAGCUUCAGCCUUCAGGAUCUGUCGUGGUGUGGAGGCAGUAGGAGGCAGCCUGAGUGUGACAUCAUCCAGAGAGAACAUGGUCUACACUGUGGACUGCCUGAGAGACGACAUAGAUGCGGUAAUGGAGUAUCUGAUCAACGUGACCACAGCACAAGAGUUUCGGCCAUGGGAGGUGACGGACCUGACCCCCUGUCUGAAGAGGGACAAGGCUGAGGCCACACAGAACCCGAAUAUCAAUGUGAUUGAGAGUCUACAUGCGGCUGCCUACAAGAACGCCCUCGCCAACUCCCUGUACUGUCCUGACUACAUGGUCGGCAACAUCCAGUCCGAACACCUGCACCACUUCGUCCAGAAUAACUUCACAAGUGCCAGAAUGGCUCUUGUUGGCCUUGGCGUGGACCAUGCUGUUCUGAGGCAAGUCGGGGAGCAGUUUCUCAACAUCCGCAGUGGUUCGGGUAGCACUGGGGCAAAGGCCCUGUACCGUGGAGGUGAGGUGCGUUUGCAGAACUCCAGCGGUGUGGUCCGUUCGGUGGUGGUGAGUCAGGCUGCGACUGAAGGCUCCAGCGAAGCUUUGGCCUUCAGUGUUCUACAGCACAUCCUCGGUGCCGGGCCGCUCAUCAAGAGGGGAUCAAACACUACCAACAAACUCAUCCAGGGUGUCGCCAAGGUUACCAGCGACCCCUUUGACGCCUCUGCUUUCAGUGCGGGCUACUCGGAUUCGGGUCUGUUUGGGGUGUACACCAUCUGCCAGGCUGCUGUGGCCGGUGACGUGAUCAGGGCUGCUCUCGACCAGGUGAAGGCUGUUGCUGAUGGAGGAGUCACCGCUGCUGAUCUCACCCGCGCCAAGACCCAGCUGAAGGCCCACUACCUGAUGUCACUGGAGACCUCCGAGGGCCUGUUGGAGGCAAUGGGCUCCCAGGUCCUGGCUGGUGGCGCCUACAACUCUCCUGACGCCAUCGCUAAAGACAUCGACAACGUGUCCCUUAAUGACAUCGCCGGUGUUGCAAAGAAGUUUGUGUCUGGUAAGAAGACUAUGGCGUCCUGCGGCAACCUGAGGAAAAUGCCCUUCAUUGAUGAAAUCUAGCAGCCUGCCUGUCAGCCUCACCCUGUACCCACCUACCUACCUACCUGUCAUGUGUAACAGCAACGCCGACUUUGUGUGGUCCAUUUCUGCCAAAUGCUGAAAACGGAGUCCUGUGCCGUGAUGCUGCUGUUCUGAGAGCUCAUGUCAACGCACCAUCGGACCAUAACUCCUCCCGUCUCCACCGGGCCCGUCAACCGCCGCACGCAGCCGCUUGUCUGUCUGAAGUGUAUAGCAGGUGUAAAUGAAUGAAUAAAGUCUAUCUACCUUAAAGAGCUGCAGGUCUUCUGUGUUGG